AUGUCUCUCAAGGCAAUUUCUGCAAAAGAUGCCGCUUCCCUUGACAAGGAUCUUAUGGACAUGGGCGGCUGGUCCCUCGACCAACUAAUGGAGCUAGCAGGUCUUUCCGUGUCCCAGGCUGUAUGGAAAGUACACCCGCUCAGCGCAGGCCCAAAUGUACUCGUGGUGUGUGGACCCGGCAACAAUGGUGGAGACGGUCUCGUAGCGGCCAGACACCUUGCACAAUACGGAUACAAGCCAUCAGUCUACUACCCCAAAGAGGGCAAAAAUGAGCUAUACCAGCGUCUGAAAACGCAACUCCAUAAUCUGUCCGUCCCCUUCAUAACAGAUUUCGAGUCCGCUCUUAAAGGAACAGAUUUCCUCGUCGACGCAAUUUUCGGCUUCUCGUUCGGUGGACCACUCCGCGAUCCAUUCGGAUCUAUCAUCUCACAAAUUGAGUCCGCCAACGUUUCGGUGCUCAGCGUCGAUGCGCCCAGUUCAUGGGAUGUUCAGAGUGGUCCGCCGAAGGAGGGCCCCGGUGCGAAGUUCAUGCCAAAGGCACUGAUUAGUUUGACGGCGCCGAAGCCUUGUGUGAAGUUUUAUUCAGGGAGACAUUUUAUUGGCGGGAGGUUUUUGUCCAAGGAUAUCACGGAUAAAUAUGGUUUGGAUCUGCCCCCGUAUCCCGGGAUUGAGCAGGUUCUGGAGAUGAAGGUCGAUGCAGAGGGUAGACUCUAG